AUGUCUGCGGCCCAACUGCUCAACCCCAAGGCCGAAUCCAGGCGGCGGGGUGAAGCCCUGAAGGUCAACAUCAGCGCUGGUGAAGGCCUGCAGGAUGUCCUCAAGUCCAACCUCGGCCCUCUGGGCACCAUCAAGAUGCUUGUUGACGGUUCCGGCCAAAUCAAGUUGACAAAAGAUGGAAACGUUCUCCUCAGGGAGAUGCAAAUACAGAACCCCACCGCCGUCAUGAUUGCGCGAGCUGCGACUGCCCAGGACGAUAUCUGCGGUGAUGGUACGACGUCAGCCGUUUUGUUGAUCGGUGAGCUUCUGAAGCAGGCGGAUCGCUACAUCUCGGAAGGACUGCACCCUAGAAUUAUCACGGAUGGUUUCGAGAUUGCAAAGAACGAGGCUUUGAAGUUCCUCGAUGGCUUCAAGCUCGCCAAGGAGGUCGACCGCGAGUUGCUCCUUUCCGUCGCCCGCACAUCGCUGUCUACGAAGCUCAACUCCAGCCUCGCUGCCAAGCUCACCCCCGAUAUCGUCGACGCCGUGCUCGCCAUCUACCAGGCCCCCGCCAAGCCCGACUUGCACAUGGUUGAGAUUAUGAAGAUGCAGCACCGCACCGCCUCGGACACCCAGCUUAUCAAGGGUCUGGCUCUGGACCACGGCGCCCGCCACCCCGACAUGCCGAAGCGCGUCGAGAACGCCUACAUCCUGACGAUGAACGUGAGCUUGGAGUAUGAGAAGACCGAGAUCAACUCUGGAUUCUUCUACUCUAGCGCGGAGCAAAGGGACAAGCUGGUGGAGAGCGAGCGCCGAUUCGUCGACGCCAAGCUGAAGAAGAUUGUCGAACUCAAGAAGGAGGUUUGCGGAAACGACCCCAACAAGAACUUUGUUAUCGUCAACCAGAAGGGUAUCGACCCCCUGUCUCUGGACGUCCUGGCCAAGAACGGCAUCCUCGCCCUGCGUCGCGCCAAGAGGAGAAACAUGGAGAGACUGCAGCUCAUCUGCGGUGGUGUUGCACAGAACAGUGUCGAGGACCUGUCACCCGAUGUCCUCGGAUGGGCCGGUCUCGUCUACGAGCAGACCUUGGGCGAGGAGAAGUACACCUUCAUCGAGGAGGUCAAGGACCCCAAGUCCGUCACCCUUCUCAUCAAGGGCCCCAACGCACACACCAUUACCCAGGUUACCGAUGCCGUCCGUGACGGUCUGCGCAGCGUCUACAACAUGAUUGUUGACAAGAGCGUUGUUCCCGGUGCCGGCGCUUUCCAGGUAGCCUGCGCGGCGCACCUGAAGAGUGAUGCCUUCUCCAAGACGGUGAAGGGCAAGGCUAAGUGGGGUGUUGAGGCAUUCGCCGAUGCCCUGCUCAUCAUUCCCAAGACCCUGGCUGCCAACGCUGGUCUCGACAUCCAGGAUGCCCUUGCUGCCAUGCAAGAUGAGCACGCCGAUGGUAACGUUGUGGGCUUGGACCUCGCAACGGGUGAGCCGAUGGACCCCGAGCUUGAGGGAAUCUUCGACUCUUUCAGGGUGCUGAGAAACUGCAUCGCCUCCAGCUCCAGCAUUGCCUCCAACCUGCUGCUGUGCGACGAGUUGCUGAAGGCGAGACAGAUGGGUAGACAAGGCGGCCCAGGCCCCGGUAUGGAUGGACCUGAGGAGUAA